UACAUGAUUGGUGGACGGUAGGUGAGAGCGGGAGGUCCUGUAUAAACACAAACUCACUUCCUUGACAACAUCUCUGCGCUGCUCCGCGAAGCGCAAGAACCAUGAAUGCCAUGACUUCUGUAGAGGCUAUCACCGUACGGUAAACGCUGCACGACCAAUGCAGACUAUAGGUUGACCAUACAGCGCCUUUAAUAGUCGUGGACGCGGAUCGAAGCUGCAUGAUUGAAUGCGAGUUGCUGAUGCUGCGUUGCACAACAAAAUCGCAAACAAGAAGGGAGACCGAGGACUUAGCAUAUAGUUACGUUGUUGUUUCUGUUUGCUAUGAGAAAACAAUCUCAUUUUGUUCCUGAGAGUCGCAUUUUGAAAUUAAACCGGCAUCUCAGUCACAUGAAAUAGCCAAAUGCGGCUCGCAUCCUAUCACACUCUCCCUUUCAGCUCCAGCUCAGCAUCCAUAUUUUUUGUGCAUCCCUGUGUUGGUGUAUAGGGAGUGGCAACCUUCUGAUAAAUCAACCGAUCAGCGCAACCCUCUCCUCUAGGAAAAACAAAUACGUUUAUGCGUAAAUUGUACAUUUAAAGCUAAAAUGGAGAGAGAUUGCCACCAUUCCGAUUUCUAGUGCCUCAAACCGAAAGCCUUGAUAGGGACUUUCUCAUCCCUGCACAUCUCCCCUGUACAUGAUGAACAUGCUGAAGUCCAGUGGACUGAAGAUCCCUGGCAGGGGCCCAAAGCACUCCCCUGGCCCCGUGGGACGAACCUCUGCUGGGGGAUCUGCUUCCGGCACUGUGGGCCAUAAAGACAACUCCCCACACAAGCAGACCUCCCCACUCCCCAGCAGCAAUGCCUCGGAGAAGUCGUGCUCCAAAACAUCCGAGGUAGGGGACGAUGUCCUGGGGGACUACGUAGUUGGCGAACGUGUCUGGGUCAACGGGGUCAAACCGGGCGUCAUCGCCUACCUGGGCGAGACCCAGUUCGCCCCGGGACAGUGGGCUGGGGUGGUCCUCAACGACCUGUUGGGCAAAAAUGACGGCUCUGUGGGCGGCGUGCGCUACUUUGAGUGCCAGCCACACCAGGGCAUCUUCACGCGCCCCUCCAAGCUCACCAGGCAACCGGUGGGCGAAGGGAGCGAAGGCCACUCUGCUGAUUCCCUGACGGCUCAGAACCUGACGCUCCAUGGCGUCAACGGGGCUUCGCCCGCUGGUCAGCGCGUGGUUAUGCCACUCAGGGAAGGCAUGCUCAACAGUUCGGUGAAGACGGGUAACGAGUCAGGUUCCAACAUGUCCGAUAGCGGCUCGGUCAAGAAAGGCGGGGAUAAGGACCUUCGAGUGGGAGACCGCGUGCUGGUGGGGGGCACUAAGACAGGAGUGGUGCGCUACGUGGGGGAGACUGACUUUGCCAAGGGUGAGUGGUGCGGCGUGGAGUUGGACGAGCCCCUGGGGAAGAAUGACGGUGCAGUGGCUGGAACCAGGUACUUCCAGUGUCCGCCCAGGUUUGGACUGUUCGCACCCAUCCACAAGGUGAUCCGUAUCGGUUUCCCCUCCACCAGCCCGGCCAAGGCCAAGAAGACCAAGCGCAUGGCCAUGGGGGUGUCAUCCUUGGCCCACAGCCCCAGCAGCUCGUCCAUCAGCUCUGUUAGCUCUGUGGCUUCCUCAGUGGGCGGGCGGCCCAGUCGAACUGGCCUGCUCACAGAGACGUCGUCGCGCUAUGCCCGUAAAAUUUCAGGCACUACUGCGCUGCAGGAGGCACUGAAAGAGAAACAGCAGCACAUCGAGCAGCUGCUGGCCGAGAGGGACCUGGAACGGGCUGAGGUGGCAAAAGCCACCAGCCACAUCUGUGAGGUGGAGAAGGAGCUCAGUGUCCUCAAGGCCCAGCACCUGCAGUAUGUCACCGAGACUGAAAGCAACCUCCAGCAAGUCAAAACUCUGUUGGCAAGCACUCAGAAGGACAAAGUAGAGCUGGUCAAUCAGCUUGAAGAAGAGAAAAGGAAAGUGGAAGACCUUCAGUUCAGAGUGGAGGAAGAGUCAAUCACCAAAGGAGACCUUGAGGGAAGACGCAGACUUGAUGCAGCACCAUUGAGGUUGGGUAAGAGAACCAAGCAAAGCACAGUUGAGGAGCAGAGCCGCGUCAUGCAGCUGGAGGAUGAACUGGCUCUGCGUCGGGCCGAGAUCGAGGAGCUCCAGGUCCGGCUCCGGGAUGCGGCCAAGGACGGGGACUCCACCCAGGGGCCGGUGGCCAAGUCGGAAACCAUUCUGCUCCGGGAGCAGCUCCUGACGGCAGGCCGGGAGCACCACAAGGAGAGCAGCCAGCUGAGGGAGAAGUACGAGGCUGCAGUGGCAACGGGCCAGGAGGAGACAGACAAACUGAAAGCCACGGUGGACAAACAGAGCCAGGAGAUCAUUGAGCUGAAGCAGAAAGUCCAGCAGGCCUCUACAGAGAACAUGGAGAUGAUGGACAACUGGAAGGUCAAGCUGGACACCCUGGUCAACGACCACCAGCGUUCCCUUGAGGACCUGAAGGCCUCGCUGUCCAGCAUUUCAACCAAAGGCCAGGAUCAGGAGCCCCAGGAGCUGAGGACCACACUGGAGAGCCUGCGCAUGGAGCACCAGCUGGAGCUGGAGAAUCUCAAGACCAGGCAUGAGAUCGAGGCAGCCAUGCUGGCCAAGGAGCGUGACGAUCUGCGCUCACGCCUGCAGGAUGCCAAGGACCAGCUGGUCGAGAACAGCCAGAACUGGAAUAGCCAGGCCCAGACGAAGGCCAGGAGUGACCAGCAGGCCCUGGAGCUGAGGGAGGUCUGGGAGAAGUUCCAGAAGGCCCAGCUGAGGGUGGGCGAGCUGGAGAGGCUGCAGGGGGAGCAGGACGGCGCCCGAGACAAGCUCCAGGAGCGCUUGGAGCUGGCUGAGAAGAAGAUGGUGGACUACAAGGCCCUGCAGAAGGCCGAGGCCCAGAGUAGACAGGAGCUCUACAGCCUGGAGGAGAAGCUGAGGGUGACUGAGAACCGGCUGCAGGCAGUGCAGGAUGACCACCACAUGCCACAGGAUGCCAACGUUAUAGAAAAUAAUGACAUCUUGGAGGAAAAGAUGAAGCUAAAACAGAAUGUUGAAGAAACUAUGGAUAAUCUGACCAAAAGAGAAAGAGAGGUCUCUACUCUCACAUCACAUGUUGAUGCCCUCAAAUCACAGAUAACUGCCUUGGAGGGCAAAGUUCGCUUGGGUGAGAAGAAGGGCGAUGCCCUGGUCAAGGAGAAGAUGCGCCUGGAGGCCGACCUUGAGUGCAUGACCAAGAAGUCCCAUGAUGCAUCGGGACAGCUGGUUGUCAUUAGCCAGGAGCUACUGAAGAAGGAGAGGAGUCUGAACGAGUUAAGGGUGUUACUGCUGGACUCCCCUCGCCACUCGCCCGGCCUGGACCGAGACCUGAGCCGAGAGGUGCACAAGGCUGAGUGGAGGGUGAAGGAGCAGAAACUCCAGGAUGACAUCAAGACCCUGAGAGACAAACUGCUCCUGCUGGGCAGGGAGAGGGGCUCGCCCCCAGAUCACAGGCGCUACUCUAUGCUGGACCCGUCGACCCUGGACUCGGAGGUGACACUUCUGCGCCAGCGGCUCAUGAGCACAGAGGAGGCUCUGAGGGGAGCCCUGGAGCACAACCAGGAAGUGGACCAGCUGGUGCAGGCCAUGCGCACGCACCCAGACAAGAGCGAGGUGCAUGGUGGUGCAAAUUCAGCCAAUGGAAUUCAUCAACAGAAUACUUCCUUUACUCAAGAUGAACAACACUGAUAUAGGAGAAGAAGAGCUCAUCUUGAAUUGGAGAAAUACAGAGGUACAUUUUAAAAGAAGAAGUCAGUACGACUUGGGACUAGCACGCCACUGGACUCCAGACAACAUUUCCUGUUUACAGUUACUACCAAAACAAUGUCGCUCUAUCUCAAUAUGUACAUUCAUCUGUUGCAAAAAAGAAAAACACCCAUUAGCCAAACUUAAAACAGCGUGAAGAUACUGUAAAAUGGUUGACAGAGGUGAAGAAUUAUAGGUAUGACUUUUGAAAACUGAUACAUACCCUGCCUACAUAACCAAGGAUGGUAUUGGACAUUUGGGCAUGAGAUAACCUUUUAUCUUAGUUUAUUAGAGAUCGUGACCCUAUGAGCCUUGAAGGAUGAAUUGUGACUCCAGAGAAUGAAAUGACUCUGGUGUCUGAUUGAAAACAAAGAUUAAGAAUUUGGCCUCAAUCCAUCACUUUUUGUUUUAUUUAUUUGCCACAAUUAUUUUUUUUAAUCCUUCUUUGAUUACUGUAGCUGAUUUGACCAGUGACGUUCAAUUUGCUUCAUAGCGAACAUGCUCUGUAGUGAACAUGUGAAUGAAACGGGGAUGCUGCUGGAUUUCAUCUGAUGUUGUAUCUACAUAUGAAUAUAGCUGCAUUAUCUGAAACCUGUGCAUACUGUAAAAGUGUAUUUAGUCAACUGAACCAAUGCAACUUGGUGCCGUAUGUGCACCAAAUAGCUAUCAGUUUAAUGGUUUACUCAUUUGAACUAAGUAAUCCUUAAUUCCACUGUGGCUUUGUUUUCAUACACGUGAGGGGGGAAAAAGAAGAAAAAAAAGUCUUAACUUCCUAUUGUUGAUCAUUUAUCUAAAGAAAGUUCAACCUAGAUCAAUGCCUUGGGAUCACUUUGUCCUUUGAUUCGAGUAGGCCACUCAACGGCUGUUUGGAGCACAAUGCAAACAAUGGAACAUUCAAAGCUUGUGUCCCAAAUGGAACUCUAUGACCUAUAUAGUGCACUACUUUUGACCAGAAAAGUAGUGAACUAUAUAGGGAAUAGAGUGCCAUUAGGGAUGGAUACCUACUGUAACUGCUUCCUCCAUUCUGGAUGAUCCCUCCCUUCUGGAUGUAAUCACAAUGUACAGAAUUGAUACGUUAUCUCCAUUGAACAAGCCAACAGGGAGAUUCUAAAUGCAGUCCAUUACUGUAUUCUUGGGAGAUUAGUUGAUAUUCUGUCUGCGUCUCGAAUGGCACCCUAAUUUCCUAUGUACAGUGAGCUCCAAAAGUAUUGGGACAGUGACAAAUGUUUUGUUGUUUUGGCUCUAUACUCCAGCCAGCACUUUGGAUUUUAAAUGAUACAAUAACUAUGAGAUAAAAGUGAAGACUGUCAGCUUUAAUUUGACGGUAUUUUCUUUCCUUAUCGGGUGAACCAUUUAGAAAUUACAGCACCUUUUGUACAUAGUCCCCCCAUUUUAGGGGACCUUAGGUAUUGGGACAAAUUCACUUAUGUGCAUUAAAGUAGUAAAAAGUUAAGUAUUAUCGCAGUGCUAGAGGCGUCACUACAGAUCCGGGUUCGAUCCCAGGCUGUAUCACAACCGGCCGUGAUCGGGAGUCCCAUAGGGUGACGCACAAUUGGCCCAGCGUCGUCUGGGUUAGGGGAGGGUUUGGCUGGGGGAGCUUUACUUGGCUCAUCGCGCUCUAGUGACUCCUUGUGGUGGACCGGGCACCUGCAGGCUGACCUCGGUUGUCAAUUGAACCUUGUUUCCUCCGACGCAUUGGUGCAGCUGGCUUCCGGGUUAAGCGGGCGGGUGUUAAGAUUCGUGGUUAGGCGGGCCAUGUUUCGGAGGACCCCUGACUGGACCUCCGCCUUCCGAGCCCGUUGGGGAGUUGCAGUGAUGAGACAAUGUCGAAAUUGGGGAGAAAGGGGGGUAAAAUACAACAACAACAAAAGAUUAUAAGAAUAAUAUUAAUAAGUUCAGUAUUUGGUCCCAUAUUCAUAGCAUGCAAUGACUACAUCAAGCUUGUUAGAUGCAUUUGCUGUUUUAUUUUGGUUGUGUUUCAGAUUGUAUUGUGUCAUUUUGGAGUCAAUUUUAUUGUAAAUAAGAAUAUAAUAUGUUUCUAAACACUUCUACAUGAAUAUGGAAUAGCUAAUCCUGAAUGAAUUGGGAAUAAUGAUGAGUGAUAAAGUUAAACGUACAAAUAUCAUACCCCCAAGACAUGCUAACGUCUCACCAUAACAAUAACAGGGGAGGUUAAGCAUUUUUGGGGGGUAUGAUAUUUAUGCCUCUAACUUUUUCCCUCAUCAUUAUUCAUGAAUCAAUCAGGAUUAUCCGUAAUCAUGGUAGCGUCCAGAUUAGUGUAGAAGUGUUUAGAAACAUAUUCUAUUCUUAUUUACAAUAAAAAUUACAAUACAUUAUCUACCAUUAAUUUCUAUUGGGCCCAAAAUAAUCUGAAACACAACUAAAACAAACAGCAAAUGCAUCCAACAAAUGUGUAGAGUCACAAGCUUGAUGUAGUGAUUGCAUGCUAUGAAUAUGGGACCAAAUACUAAACUUUUGACUACUUUAAUACACAUAUAGGUCAAUUUGUCCCAAUUAUUUGGGUUCUAUGUGCAAAAAGUGCUGUAAUUUAUAAAAGGUUCACCCGAUAUGGAUGAAAAUACCUUCAAAUUAAAGCUGACAGUCUGCACUCAAACCCGUAGACAUUGUAUAAAUUAAAAUCCAAAGUGCUGGAGUACAGAUCCAAAACAACAACAAAAGAUUGUCACUGUCCCAAUACUUUUGGAGCUCACUGUGUAUUGUGCACUACUUUUGACCCGGGCUCUACCCCUGGUCUAAAGUAGUGCACCAUUUUGAAUGCAGACUGUCUUUGGGAGAACAUUAUUUUGAUGUGACUAAUGUGGAAUGUAAGACUUGGGGAUUGACAUUUCAUGGGCAAAGUGUAGGGCUGGCCUCUGGUCAGUGAAACUGAAGCUACAAAUUGUCAUUGGAUAUUGUAUAUGGCCUUUUUCAGAUAGGAAACACUUCGUACCCUUAAUGCUGUAAUGAUUUCUGAGAUUGAGUCAUUAAAUGUUAACAAUGUGGGCAAAGGA